UACGAGUCGACGACCUCGAGGUACGGCAACGCACCGCCGCCACCCUCGCCUGCCAACAACGACGCCUACCAGGACGACCAAGAUUGUAUGUCGGAAAAGUACCUGAACAUGCAGUUCCAUCAGUUUGGACCAAUAAAUCAGGUCGUGGUGGACCGCGAGCGGGGCCACGCUUUGGUCUUCUUCGAGCAGAUCAGCUGCGCUCAGGCGGCUGUGAAGGAGAUGAGAGGUGCUGCUCUUCGUGGUCGUCGGCUGCAAGUCGACUUCGCCUCCAGAGAAUGUCAGGAGACUUUUUACGAGCACCUAGAACGACAGGGUAUUGCCAGCGAAAAGACUUGGGACACGAGACCUUCGUCGGCCACCACCUUCGAUGUCUCGAUUCCUUCCAGGCGGGAGCGUAGCAGUUUCGACUCCGGGGUGGCGGUGUCAAACUCGAGUAGCAGGUUUACCCGCUACGAGACGCCCCCGAGGUCGAGAACGGCGAGUUACUCCCGCGCUUCUGGAGGAGGAAGCACCCCAGGCGCGAGUCCGGCGCACCCGACCGCUAUGUCCCGUAGCAGUAGGCGAUCCUACCAGGACACCUACUACGACGGCGACUACAGCGAGCCGGCACCACGAAGAUUCCGCAGUUACGACGAGUUUAGUCAAGGUAGCGGGGCGAGCCACGACGACUACCAGAGCAGCGUGCUCGGCGACGGGAAGUUGAACGACGACGAUUGUCCGCCACCGUCGCGUCGCCACGCCGUGCAAAGCGUCGUCAAGCCGGCUCCUCCGCCGCCGUUGUUGCCGCCGCCGGAUAUCAGACACCUUCAGAAGGAACGGGUCCACCUGCUGGAGCAACUCGAGGAGUGCCACAGCAGCGGCGACGAGGUCGGUUUCGCCCCGAAGAAACGAGCGAAACUCGAUGGAACGUCCACCACCACCAUACUGUGCGAGGAUGACGAACCCGAGAUCGCGUCGUUGCUCGUCACCUCGCACUCCAGUAGAAAAGGCAUGGACAUUCGGCGGGUCAGUGACAGUAAAGUGGUGGUGCAUCACGGUACGCGAAGAGGGAGCUGCGAGGGAAGGGGUCCUGGACCUUGCAAGCGACGACGCGAUGUUACCAGCAGGCAUCACGAACAUCACGAUGGAUCGCGGCCAGGCACACCUCUAGUCGACGAAAGGCCCGAAAACUUGGUACCCAGCGAGCCGAGGCGAUUUCGCGAGAGGAGUCACGAUGGGCCACUGUCAUUGCCGUUGCCGAGAUUCGCGGCGCAGAUGUUGAACAGCAACAACAACAGCAGCAGCAACACCGGCGGUAGCAAUAGUAGUAACAGUGGUAGCAAUCGAUCGAGUAGCGGGAAUUUGGCGAAAGUGACCAGUCCACCGUGCGCUAACCUGUCCUCGACUACGCCCAGUCCGAGAACCGCUCCUCAACCGCCUGCUUCGCCGCCGCCUCGUCAUCCCAGCCCGAGCCCGACGAGCUCCGACAGCGAGACGGCCCCGCAAUCGCCCAGCCUCGAAGAAAGGAUACGCUCCCUCGACGAGAAGUACGAGAAGUGGUCCGGGUCCAGAGCGCUGAGCGCGGCCGGUGGCGACGCGUUAGCGAAGCUCGACGCCACCGCGUCCGAACGUUUUAGGUUUCGCCACAAGCUUCUCGACUUGGACCUGCACGAGGUGCAGCCGUCCGACAUCGUUAAGUCGGUUCUUGCCAAGAGGAGCGUGUUCGACGAAGACUCGAAGCGUCUGGAGAACUUCAGCGAAAAGUACGAACCGAGAGAGUUCACUGGCGUGAUAAACGUCAGCUCGAUAAUCGGCAGCACGAGCGGCCUCGCAUCGAGCGGAGGUUGCACCAGUAAGGUUUGCCUGCAGUAUCCAUUUCCUAGUCAUCCGCCGGUACAGCCGACCAGCAGCGCCUCUGCGACCAGUCAGAUCGGCACAAGCACGUCCCUGUCUUCGAGUUUAACGACCACCAUGUCGUCCAUGCUGAAGACGGACCCACGGGCGACGGCGCAGCACAAUUGCGUCCACCCGACACCAGCAACCCCCAUCACACCCGGCACGUCGAUCAAGACUGUUAGCCCCGAAUUACCACCGGUUUCUCUACCGAUCGGUAUCGGUAGCGGAAUGGCAGCCAGUAGUGGCAAUAGUAGUGGUUUAGCGUCAGCGAGUAGUAUUCUUAGCAGCAACGGUAGCGUAAGUAGUAUUCACGUUCUGGGUGCGUCGACGACACGAGGGUUGAGUACCGCUGGUUCCUCGUUGGUGUCCGCGGUCACCACAUCGUCGACGUCCUUCUCGACGCCGAUCGUAGCGACGGCGGUCGCGACCACCACCACGGCUACGACCACGUUGAUGACGACCGCUAUCACGCCGGUAACGACCACGGUCUCCAGCACGACAUCGAGCGCCUCCUUGUCGAAUAGUCAGUAUCAAACUUCCAUGUCCACUACCUCCUCGACGCUAUCGUCUUCCACGACGUCCUCGUCGAACUCUUCCUCUCUCACUUCGUUGUCUUCGUCCAGCAACGAUAGCUCCCGAUCUCGGCCGAGGAAGGAAAUCAGCAGUAGCGGUCGGGAGAGCAGAGAUUCUCGCGACAGUAAAGAAGGCGGCAGGGAGUCCAAGUACAGUAAAGGAAAAGAUUGCCAGAGAAAAUCGCGAAAAGAGGAUGCGGACGUUGAGAGGAACCGCAAAGACCGGGAGGAGAAGGAAAGUUCUGCCGUGGCGAACGAUACCGGCGACUCCGACGGUCAUCCUAGAGAGAACAAAGAAAUACGUUACGAGAGAAAAGAGAGGGAGGAGAAGGAACGAAGAGAGAAGGAUGAUCGCGAAAGGCAGGAACGAAGGGAGAAAGAGGAUCGCGACAGACAAGAGCGCAAAGAACGAGAGGAGAGGCGAGAGAAGGACGAGGAGAGACGGGAACGGGAGAGGUUGGACAAAGAACGGCAGGAAAAGGACAAACGGGAACGGGAAGAAAGGGAACGAGAGCGAAAGGAAAGAGAGGAGAAUGAAGCUAAAGAGAAAGAGCGAAGAGAGAAGGAGCGGUUGGAUCGCGAAAAACGAGAAAGGGAAGAGAAAGAACGCCAGGAGCGCAGAGAAAGGGAAGAACGAGAGAGGAGAGAGCGCGAAGAACGAGAAAGAAAGGAACGCGAACUGCGACUGGAACGGGAAAAGCAGGAGAAAGAACGGCUCAGGAAAGAGAGGGAAGAACAGGAGAGGCGAGAGAAGGAGGAACGGGAUAGGUUGGAGCGCGAGAGGAGGCGAGAAGAGAAAGAACGGCUCGAGAGGGAAAGAAAGCGCGAAAGGGAGGAGAAAGAACGACUCGAGAGGGAACGAAGAAAAGAGAAAGAGGAGCGGGAACGAGCCGAGAAAGAAAAGCGCGAAAAAGAAGAGAGGGACAGGCUGGAGCGGGAAAAGCACGAUCGGGAAAAGAGGAGAGAGCGCGAGGACCAAGAGAGAAGGGAAAAGGAAAAGUCUGAGCGCGAGAAAAGGAGGGACAGAGAAGAGAAGGACAAAGAAAAGAGGGAUCGUGACGAGAGCAGACGACAACCCACCGAAAAUCAUCUCCAUCAGUCCGUGUCACAGUCUCAGAAUCAAAUUUCCCCAGCUCCCGUGUCCAUCAAGCGGCGAUGUUCGUCGCAAGACGGACCCACGGAGGACGAAGCGAAGCGUAUGAAAAUUUCUGACCAUCGCAGAGAUAGCAAAGAUCGGCCUAGACAAAACAGGAGGUCCGAGGAUCGCAAACACCGCAACGAUUCUCAUCGUUCCAGUCGCGAGAGCAGGGAGAGUCGCGACAGCAAAGAGAGCAGCGGGUCAACGCAGACCCAAGACGGCAGAGAAUCCAGCCACGGCGAAUUGAACCGGGAGUCCAACAGGGAGUCGAACAGGGAGAACAGAGAGAAUCGGGAGAACAGAGAAAACAGGGAAAACAAUCGGGAGAGUGGUAAAGAGAAACAACGAAGUAAACGAAACCGUUCGGAGAAGGAGUCGAGAGAACGAAGCCCGAGAGUGUCCCACGAGUCGGAUAAAGAGUUCCUAUCGAGACUGGAUCUUUCGAAGCGCAAUGAUUCGAACUCGCCGAGCGAUCAGACCACGGUCAGCUCGAAUCAUUCCCGAGAGAUACAACAGCAUCAUCAGCAACAGUCUUCCCUGAACUUGCACAGCGACGUGGACGACGGUCCAUUGUCCACGCACGAGAUGCAAGUAGCCAGGCAUCCAUCCGCCACGGACACGGACAGUGACGAGCCGAAGAAGCACUCGAUCUUCGACAUCGUCGACGACGAGCCCGCUUACAUCAGUAUGUACGACAAGGUGAAAGCACGCUCGACCAAGAACAUGCAGAAGCUGGAGGAGAAACGUCAGGUACGCCUGAAGGAUAAGUUCUCGCAGCUGAAGCAAAGUCGAGCGAGGCGGGAAGAGAAGAAACAGAGUACGUCAUGGGACGGCGACUCGGUGUCCAGCAAGGCCUUGACGGAAGAUGAGGCGACCUCUGAAUCCGACUCGGCCAGGGCCAAGUCCCUAUCCAGGAAGAGCUCGCGAUCCCGUAUCCAUUCGGAUACGAGCGAAGAGGAGGAAUCGUUCAACAACAAGAUUCGGAAGGUGAAGACCGAGAGGUUCCUGGAGAGCGAUGUCGAUCUCGGCUUCGCGGACACCGAGGAGAAGCACAACCCGCUGGAGACGACGAACGUGGUCGUGAACAGCGUUCAUCCGAACGUGAAGGAGGAGCCCCGCACAUCGGACGACGACGAGCGAAUCUCCGUUCCCUUCCGUGGAAAUCAUCCGGCUAUCGUGGUGAACAACCACGACAGGGACUCGCGUAAGAAGUCGCACAAGAAGAAACAGAAGAGACAGAAGAACUCGUCUAUGUCGAACGAGGAGAGCAUAAAGACCGAGUCCUCGGAGAACAUUGAGCACAAGAACAAGUCCAAUAUCGUGACCAGUAACGUGGAUUGUCGGCCGAAUCACACGUCGGAGUCCAUCAACGUCAGUACGACGCCCACGUCGGCAACCACGGUACUGGAGAGCACGGAGGAAAGGAUACGCUCGGAUAAGAAACAGCGGAACAAGAAAGAGAAGAGGAGAGACAGGAACGGAGAAGAAAAGGCUAAGGCAAGGAGGAAGAGGCUGAACAGACAGGAAGCUAGGGACUCGCAACGAAUGGAGGACAUCUUCGGCCCGCUCUCGGACGACGUCGACGAUGGUCCGUCGAACACGUUCUUCAAUCGACUGGGUAACAUCACGUCGGAAAAUAACACCUACGCGUCUGACAGCGACGGUGGUCGCAGUCCAGUGUUGGACGUGGACCGAGUCAGACGGAAAGCGGAGAAGAAACAACGUCGUCUUCCGCCCGAAGACGAGAACAGCGUCGAUCUGGCCGAAGCGGGACGAGAGAUCGAGGCGAAACUUCUGGGACUACCGAACUCGCCGAAAUCGGCCGUGGCGUGCACGGAAAGCAACGACCACGACGUAUUUCGGUUCACCGACGACAACGACAGCGUCGAACCAUCCACACCGUCCGCCAUUCCGGAGAAGGUUAAAGAGAAGAAGAAGAAGAGGAAAAAGUCGAAGGAGGAACGUAGUAGAAAGGAUUACCAUCACCAUCACCAUCAUCAUCACCACCAUCACGAGAAGAGCGGCGAGUUACCCUACUUGGGUGCAGAUCCUAGUCCUCCUAGAGCCAGCAGUCCGUUAAUUCCUAAAACCAUGUCGCCUACGUUACCAACACCCAGGGAUACCUUGCUGAGCCCGAUUCCGAAAGUCGCGACCAACGUAUCGACAGUACCUUCGAUGACUCCUCCGGUGGUGACCGGCAGCAUUCAGACCUCGAAGCCGGACAAGAAGAAGGACAAAUUCAUUCCUGGAUUUGGCAUCGAGAUCGACGAAACCAUCCACGAGAAUGCAGUGAAGAGUAUUUCAGAACCGGAAGAACGCGAAAACAGCUGUCAGUCUCGCAGCGGCAGAGAGGAGCCUGACGUAACAGCCCCGACGACGCCGCCCACUCAGACCGAAGAUAAACCUCGAGUCGCCAUUUCUCAGGAAGAAACCGAAGACGCUGUGGCGGCGUUGUUGGAGGAAACUUUCGGAGGAUCAACGGAGGACUUCUCCUACGAGGGAGAAGAAGAAGACGCGGAAGCGGAAGACGCGGUGGGAGCGUCGGCCGAGACUCCUCAGGAAGACGUUGAAGAGAUGCAACAGGCUGUCGAGAGUCUGAACGCUUCUACCGGCGAAGGCGAGGCAGACAUGAAACCGGACACUCCCCAGAGCGAACAUGAUCUGCAGAUAGACACGGACACGGAGGAGGAUCCGAACUACGAGACAUUCGACUUGACACAGCCACCGAAAACACCAGACAUUCCAUCGUUCUAUAAAUCUCCCACAAAGACCAUCAACACUAUUGCUCCGUCCUUAGCCUCGACGGAGAAACCGAUCGAGCCGCGCAUAUCGUCCAUAACCACGAAACCAGAGAGUCCACCGACGACCGUGAUCGCUCAUUCUUGGAACCUGAACGAGAAGCCGCGAGAGCCGGCGAAGGCGGUGCAAAUCGAGAGCGUGGAGACGAACGCGAGCGCAGCUAGCCCAGAGAGAAUCCCUGUACAGGCGCAUCGUACUUCGACAUCUCCGCCUCCGCAGUACAAACCACCAGUUCUGGGCCUGUGUAGCGUGCCCAUUACGAGCGAGACACCUAGAAUCGCUGCAGCUAGUCCUAGACCACCACCUAUCAGCGUGCAAUCCUUGUACCAAAAGCUUCCUGUUUCGCCGCAAUCGCAGAUGGUGCCGAUGCGACAAGCUUCGCCUAGAAUGCCAAACAUCUCCGCAGUCUCCACAUCGGCUUCUUCCAACCAGACACCUCUGCCACCACUGGUUCCAUCCAGGAUUCCGCCUCUGGUACCGUCGCAGCUAUCACCGAGGGUUCUGCAACCUCUGUCGCCCAAUGGACAGUGGUCAAGGAACUCGGCUUUGAGUCCGCAUCUUCCGACUGUUGGAAAACCGUCUCCACCUCCUGCUAGAAUCGCAGUCAGCGUUUCUGUUUCUACCCAGAGACUAGAGACGCCAGCUCAACAAAUUUACUCUACGGCUGCGACUCAGCAACCGGUUAUCCAGCAUGCUCCAGGGAUGAGAGCUCUAGCGCCUCGAGGAGGUUUGCCGCCGUUGACGUUGAAUAUUCCACACCGCCCUUACAUGCCUGUUCCACCGUUAGCUCCUGGAGUGCAGGUGAAGAGUUCCAGGGACUCGACUCUAGGCGGCAAAUCCGUGAUCGAAACGUUGCUUCCUGUGAACCCGAACGAGCCUCCGCAACGUCUAGAAGAGCCUAAGUUGUCGCCGGCGGUUAUUCCAGAGCCCACGAACAAAGCAUCCACGUCUCCUAAAGUUCCUUCACCUAAUCAGCCGCCCACGUACAUUCCUGAGACGGCGAAGAUCGAAAUUAACGCCAGCACGUCCAGCCCUGUUUUUGGCAAGCCUACUUCUAUCGUGGACACGUGUUCCCUGUCUUCGAGAUCUCAGAAACAAAUCCAAGGUUCCAUCACGACGGACAAUAAUCUACUGUCGCCCAGGCAGAAGCAGGAAAUGUCGAGUCUUCAGCUUCUGACCACGCACGUGCCGCGUUCCUCCACGCCCAGUCCUGUAAUAGUCACGCACGGACAGCCUCAUUUGGUCCACAAGUCCGUGGUGCACAGCAUCGGAGCAACGGCCGUUUCUUCGGCUAAUCAACCGUUAGUCAAGACCGUUGUGCCGAUCGUGUCGCAGCAAAUCGCGUCUACGGUGACGGUUUCUAUGGCUGAAGAGAAGUGCAUCAUCACGUCGUUGCCUUACAGUAGUAGCCAGAGACAUUCGCCAGUCUCGCAGAGUAGCCAGCCAUCGAAACUUCACAUUCCAUUGGUAUCCACCGUCUCUCAAGCAAUCAUAACCAGAACAGUUCCCUCCACCGUCUCUUCCGUAUCGGCUUCUCCGACCAACGAGCAGAGCACCGUCGAGUGCUUAGAAACACGCGUACCACCUGAACAGGAGUUGGAAGUAGACGCCGAUGCACAGAUAGCGCAAACGGCUCAACCCAUGCAGCUAACUCCUCCUAUACAGCCCACUCAGCCGAUGGACGUCAUAAAAGAAGAACCUCCUCCCGAGAUAAAGGAAGAAGAGACCGCGAUGAAAGAGGAGUUCCCUAAAACUGAGCCAGAACAUCCUACGAAUCAGCCUAGCACCAACGUGGAUACGAAACCGAAGGUGGAACAACAAGAACCGGUUAAAUCGGAGCAAGUACCAUGCGUGACCAAAACUGAGGUUUCCGACGACAAUCUCCUCGUUCCGAAAGUGGAAGUCGAAACACCCGUGAAGACAGAGCCAGUGAUGGAGAUCAAGAAAGAAGAAGUGAAGGAGAACGAGGAGGUUGAUAUGGAGGAGGAACCAGUGGAGGAUCCACUGAAAGAGCCUAGCACCGAUCCAUUGGCCAUCGACGUGUGCAAAGAAGAUCCAGCCGACAGUAAAGAAGACAGCGACUACUGGUCUGCGAAAGAGGUGAACAUCGAAAGCGUUAUCAAGAAGGUCGAUGCUCUUUGCGACGGAGAAGGUAACGACGAUGGCGACGAUGAAAAUCAGCACAGUCAAAACACCAGCAGCGAGACGCUGGAGCAGUCUAAGAACGAGUCCGACUGGUUCAGUGCCGACUCCACGGCAGAGAGCGAGACCAAGAAGACGUUCACCGCGAACGACGAUCAAGAUGAAGGCGUGGAAACUUGCGAGAGCGAAUCCACGAGGAUUCGUCGUGGUGGUAGAACGAAAAAUAAACGGGGUGGUAGUCGUGGAGGAGUGACAACCAGAAGAAGCAGCAGAAACACGACGAGCGUUGCACACAGACGAGGAGGCAGAACACCCAGAGGAAGCAAGCACCACGUUGAAAAGAACAAGCUGCCGGCGGAUGUCUACGAGUUCCACGACGAUAGCGAAGAGGACAAUGCUGGACGUCCACGACUGAUUCUCACGAUCAAGUCCCCGGUACCGAGCGUGACCGGUCCUAACGCGCCGCCAGCGACACCCAUAGCCGCCGUGAAGGAAGUGCCACCCGAGGAGUUCGUUUCACCAGCUACGAAUACCACGAGGAAGUCCAGAAGGUUGGCCGAGAAGGACGGCAGUCGAAACACCAUCGACGACGUGAUCGAAUACGUGGUGCGUGGGUCGACGACGAAGGGAGUGGUCGGUGGAAGCACCAACGUCCACGCUACUAGAAGGAGUACGAGACAUAACAACUCUUCUCGUAAUGUACAGUCCACCGUGCAGUUGACGGAGCACCGGAAGUCGUCGAGGGGUGCACGGAAAUCGGUGCGACGAACGUCUGAGAACAACGACGACAGUAGCGAGGAGAAGAUCAAGGAGGUACCACCAGCACCUCAAGAGAUGCAGAGCAAGGAGGAGAGUGUUCCACCUCGGGAAGAGACACCGAAGACGGAGGAGACCAGCCAGGUUGUUUCGUCGCCGACGCAGAAGCCGGUCUCGCACGAGCCGAUGACGUUGAUCGAUCCCGUGACUGGGAUGUUGAUACCGAUGAGGGAAUCUGAGGAGGGUCAAUACAUUCCAGUUUCCACGGCAUCUGGUCAAAUACAAUCCGUACCUAGAGGCACUUGUGACUCGCGGAACACGCCAGCUGCGAUGAUCAACGCCAGUCCCAGCACGAGCGAGGUGUUACGACCGAAACCACCUCAGCCGGAGAACCUGACGAUCGCUGAAGAGCCUAAGAAAGAGCAACCCGCGGAACCAAUCCAAACUCCACAGAUUCAACCACAAACCAGCGUAAUCACUAAACCACAGUCUCCUGCAGUCCAAGUCACCACUACCGUCAGUAUUCAGCCAACAACAACGUCCCCGUCGAUCACCUCCAUACCUGUAACGACAGCAACAACUCCACAAAUAACACCCGUUUGCACGACUCAGUCGAAACCUACGAGUUUGAAGGCUCACGUGUUGAAUGCCAGCAAGCUGGCGGCACCGGUACAGCAGCCACCUCCACCGCCGCAACCAGUUGUCUUGACUAAACCAACAGUUCCCAGUGUGCCCACUCCGUCGGUGGUUCAGAACAUCGUGAAACCAGCGCAACCUGUUCAGGGACUCCAUCUGCAAAUACCUAGCAGUCGCGUCGUGUCUCCGAGUUUGAGCCCACGCGCGAAGCAGGCACCUCAGAUCAAUGCAGCGAAUGGAAAGGGACAAGGUCAACCGAUGUCACCGGUCCUCAACAACACUGGUGUUCCACCGAACCCUAAACAACAUCUUCUACAAGCGGCCAAACAGCAAGCGUCUACCAUAGUGAACCUUCCUCAGAAGUUGCCCAUGAACGUUCAUCCGCCCACUGUGACAACCACUCCAGCACCGAGAAUCCAUCAACCAGUCACUCAGUCCACGACACUGAAGGGUAUAAAUGGACAACCACAUCCUCUGAAUCCGAAAGCUCACCUGCUGCAAGCCGUGGUAUCGCCGAUGGUUACCGGUGCUGUACCCAGUCCACCUACACAGCCACAUCUCAUGAACCCGCAACCUGUCGGGGUCAGCUGUUCGAGACCUCCAGCACCAAAACCACCGGUAACCGGGACGAUGGAACCACCAAAAGUGGAGGUGUCGAUGUCUGGCUGCAUCAUGGUACCAACCGCGAGUCCUCAAGCACGUGGAGUACCCAUAUCGUCUUACGAAGGACCAUUGCAUGGGAGUGCGGGUGCUGCUCCAUCACCAGGGGGCCAGUACGGACUUGUCCCCCCACAUCGAUCCCAGAGUCCUCCAUUGCCCCCACCUGCCCAUCAUCAUGCUAAUGCUUCUCAGGGUGACGUUGUGAACCACUAUGGGCUGACGAGAGGCGCGGAAUUACCGCCCCACUACAUGCAUCCACAAGUUCUCCAGUAUCAGUAUUUGCGUGCGCAGCAAGAAGCCUUGACAGCUCCACGCAUAGCGUACCACAUUCCAGGAACUCGAUCUCCUCACCUACCGUUAGAUCCAAAACUCGAAACUGGCAUAGUAGAGGACAGUCACAGUCCACCUUUAGAGCUAAGACGCGGCACAAGAACUCCUCAAGAUCGCACCACCGACAGCCCUCAAGUAGCUCAAGUGUACGUGUUGCACGGAGCAACCAGAUUACCACCGCCACCACCGCAAUACAACGCCGGAAGCAAUCCAUCGUUGACCGGGGCACCGGCAGCAGCCAGAGGCGGAUUUUACGAGCCUCCGCCUGCUCACGUGCGCUCUCAGUAUCCGAUCGCUGCGAGCGAAGCACCUAGCGAUAGAGCAAUCACACCUGACAGACCCAGAAAACACCAAGUGGUCACUCCACCGCACGCUUCGCAAGUUCCACCGCAGGCAGACUCCUUCCAAAUGCUGCUGCAGCGUUACCCGGUCAUGUGGCAAGGACUGCUGGCUCUCAAAAACGACCAAGCUGCUGUACAAAUGCAUUUCGUCUUCGGCAAUCCGAACGUAGCAAGAGACAGCCUACCCUGCAACAGCGAUGGCUCUACUCCACCUUUGAGGAUCGCUCAAAGAAUGAGACUGGAACAAACACAGGUCGAAGGCGUCGCCAGGAAGAUGCAGAUGGAUAACGAACACUGUAUGCUCCUGGCGCUUCCUUGCGGUCGAGACGAGGUAGACGUGUUACAACAGAGUAAAAACCUUCAGACCGGAUUUAUAAUGUACUUGCAACAGAAACAGGCCGCUGGAAUUGUCAACAUUGCUGCACCAGGAUCACAACAGCCUGCAUACGUAGUCCACAUCUUCCCGUCAUGCGAUUUCGCGAACGAGAGUUUGGCUCGGAUCGCACCAGACUUGUUACACCGCGUCGCGAAGAUCGCCCAUUUGCUCAUCGUAAUUGCCACGGUUUGAGGCCAACCAGUGGUCUGCUGGAUUAUAAUCUACCUAUACUUCUCGCCUUCACGCACUUGUAGGACGCUUCGCAUGUGGCAUGAAGCCUGGAGUGUCCCGACGACAAAGUGCAGCAUCGUACAGCAAAAGAGGAGAGUAUUCUGGUGGGAAAUGACCUCUCCCCCAGAGAUAUAUUAGUGACAAUCAAAUGGAUCCCGGCGAAUCGUGCCGAUUUCUAGAUCGUAAGACCUAAGACGAGGUACGGGGUUGUGUAAGCUGCAAAGAGAGGCUAGCGCGGUCAAUGAGCGAACAUCACCGUGCCUGCCUUUCUUCCCUAACCUAUUUGGCGAGGGCGAGAUCAUUCUGGAUGAAACAAUGACUCGCAGUACGCCAGAUCCUACUGACGACGUUUGUGAGAUCGACCGACGUCACUCUUGGUCUUUCUGACAAGCGAGUCAGGCACAACCCCAGCCCUUAGCCGAAGACCUUCGAUUAUAAACCACGCGAUGUCCUCACGAGAACCGAGAAAGGACACGAAAAGAAACCGCAUCGUUAAACUCUUUAACGCUCGUCCCUCCUCUAGGAAAACAGUAAACAUAUUAUUAUCUACCGUUGCUCUAGAUGGACAGUCGAUUUCGUAAAAAGUAAGAAGAGAUUAGAAGAGGACAUUAAGAAGAUGAAAAAAAAAGCUAACGUACCCCUACCACUAUACACGAGCUAUUUUAAGUAAGGCUUAGGUAUUAACGAUACUUGUAUAAAUUAUAAGCGAGCCAGCAAGGGCAUAACUACUGUGAUUUUAAUUAUUUAACGAUAUAUAUCUCUGCGUAAAGACGAAGAAAACAAAAAUUGUGAAAACAUAUAAAACGGUGACCGGGUACGGUCCGCGCGCGCGGUAUGUGAUGUGUUUUUUGUAUAAUACUGCUCUAUAUAAAUACCUAUGUAUUAUAUUAAAUUGUAACAAUAGUUGCUGCCGCCGCUGUUGCUGCUGCCGCUCGUGUCGAAACUAGAAAGUAAAACGUUAGGAUCCUAGACCUCUUAGCGAAAACGAAAAAAAAAGAUGAGUAACAAAGGAGCGAAAGGACUACCGAAAAAUAGUGUUUAUCUCUAGUGUAAUAUAAUUUUCCCGCAGCAGGAUGUAACAUAUUAUUAUCAUCUUAGCGCUAUGUACAUUAUGAAACAAGAUUUUUAAUAUUCUUAUU